GCGCGUUCUCCCCUGCCAACCGUGUCGAAAGUUACUAGACCACUCGCAACGAAGGAGACGCACGUCCAGCGUCAGCUCCUCUCCCACUCUCGAAUUGUUCGGCAUCCGCCGUAGUGUUACAUCUAUUCGCUAAGCAGGGCAGACUGUGCGAGACCUCAACAUGGCGCUCGCUUCCAAGACCGAGUCUCAAAAAGUGUUUGAGAAGCUGAAGGUCAAGCCGGCAAACAAGAUAUGUUUCGACUGCGGCGCAAAGAACCCUACAUGGUCCUCGGUCCCAUUCGGCAUCUACCUCUGUCUUGAUUGCUCCGCGAAUCACCGCAACUUGGGCGUCCAUAUCUCCUUCGUGCGGUCAACGAAUUUAGAUAUCUGGCAAUGGGAUCAGCUUCGAAUCAUGAAGGUUGGUGGCAAUGAAUCCGCCACGAAAUACUUCCAGACACACGGUGGCGGCGCCGCUCUCGCCAGCAAAGAUCCAAAGAUGAAGUACACUUCGACGGCUGCUACAAAAUAUAAAGAGGAGCUAGCUAGGCGAGUUACUGCAGAUGCGAAAUUAUAUCCCGGCCCAGUCGUGAUAACUGACAUUCCGGAUCCUGACUCUGAGGGUGCGAGCACACCAGCAGAGAACGAAGAUGAUUUCUUUUCAUCAUGGGACAAGCCCACAAUUAAACGUCCUAGCAACCCUCCUUCGCGUACUGGUACACCCGCUCAAGGUAGCCGUACAGCAUCACCAUUUCUUAAUGCGCCUGCGAACGGCAGCGGUCCCAAUCGCCCUAAAUCGCCUCUUGUGUCCGCAGAAAGCUCAACGCCAUCCGCCAAAGCUAUUCCUUCUGCCGCCAUACGGAAGCCGGCAGGCGUGUCUGCUAAUCGACCAAAGACAAACAUCCUGGGUGCAAAGAAGAAAGGCCUGGGUGCAAAGAAGGUCGUGGCCUCGGACGGUCUGGAUUUUGAGGAAGCAGAGAAGAAAGCGAAGGAGGAAGCGGAACGGAUAGCAAAACUUGGCUAUGAUCCGGAUGCAGAGGCGGCCGAGGCCACAGUCAAGUCGUCCGUCGUCGAAUCUUCCUCCAUCAUUAGCCCUACACCAGUGAGUCCGGUGCGUGGAGGUAGUAAGAGUAGCGACGUGGAGAAUCUUGGUGUGCAGAUACAGAGGCUUGGGUUUGGACAGACUGCUGGGGGCGCGAAGACGGCUGCCCCGAAGAAGAUGGGGUUUGGUGCUGUGGGCAAGCCACAGACUGAUGAUUCUGAGCGCUUCGCUCGCGAGAAGUUCGGUACACAAAAAGGCAUCUCGUCAGACGAGUUCUUCGGUCGUGGCAUGCAUGAUCCGUCCGCUGCAAACGAAGCCAAGUCCCGCCUACAAGGAUUCGAAGGUGCUACGUCGAUCAGUAGCAACGCGUACUUCGGACGGCCUGAGGACGAAGGCCCAGUCGAUGACUAUGGCGACCUAGAAGGCGCUGCGAAGGAUUUUGUGCGUAAGUUUGGCAUCACUGCGGGAGAUGAUCUGGACAAUCUAACAGCAAUGCUUGGAGAGGGUGCAACGCGGUUGCAAGGAGCCAUUAGGACGUAUCUGAACAGCUAGGGGAUGGCAUCGCAAGGUUUGAGAAUGAAUGGAUCAUAUUGAGUAUCAUCCGCUGUGAUGCAAGGUGCUCCGAGGUGUGACAAAGGCGUUGGGAGAGUCUGCCAGUGUUGAGAAUACGAGUGACAAUACGAUGGAUACGUCCAAUGGCUUCUGACAUUGAUGUCAUUGUCCACAACAUAGUAUGGGUGGCCCGGCCGCUCCGGCCGACCGAGAGACAGAUCAUAAUAUAU